UCCAUGCAUGCUGGUUGGAGCUGGAACUGAGCUACUCGAGGACACUCUGUGACGUGUUAUUUAGACAGUUGUUUACGUUUGCGGUAAACAAAUAUGGCAGCCAGGGCCCUGUGUUCUGUGGACUUCGAGGUUUUUGGAAAAGUCCAAGGUACCCACACCGGGAUCAAUGCUGAGAAGCAUCGUUUGGUUGGCUGGGUAAUGAACACACAGCACAACACUGUGGUUGGACAAUUACAAGGAGAAGUUGGAAGUGUCAGUCGAAUGAAGAAAUGGCUGAAACACACUGGAAGUCCCAAAUCCAGAAUUGACAGAUGUGAAUUUAAGAAUGAAAAGACAAUCAGCAAAGUGGAAUUUAGAAAUUUCUCAAUCAGGAAAUGACACUGAACAUGCCGGCUACAAA